CUUCUCUCGCGUCCCCAUGUUCCCCUUUUUCGACAUGGCCCAUUAUCUGAUGUGUGUGAUGUCGCUGAAGAAACAGCCCGAGAGAGAGAGAGCCCUUCUUCAGAUGCAAAGAUGACUCCACUGACAGAAUUUUAUCAGUGUGGACAAGACCUAUACAGGAAGUCCUCAACGUGUGACUGGUGAGUCGCCCCGAGCGACACUUCCAACAUCCCUGAAUUUACCCUGAUUCAGGUGAAUGGCACUGGGCCUGAGUUGACGAAGCCAGGCUCAUAAGGAAUAGUGGAAGUGUCACAGAAGAGUCCUGUGGCAUGCUGGCUUAGUGCUAUGCUUCACUGCUUCGGUGGAGGAAUUUUAUCUUCUCUGCUGCUUGCAGAACCUCCAGUAGAAUUCCUUGUGAACCACACUAACAUCUACCUGGCAUCUUCAAUCUGGUAUCUUAUAUUUUAUUGCCCACAUGACCUAUUCUACCAGUGCUUUUCUUUCCCGCCUCUACAAAUAUUGGCUGCAGGGAUGAAGGAAGUGACAAGAACAUGGAAAAUACUAGGUGGAAUUGCGCAUGCUAAUAGUCACUACAAAAAUGAUUGGUUGAUCAUGAUAGCAAUCGGAUGGGCCCGAGGUGCUGGUGGGGGCCUAAUCUCAAAUUUUGAGCAGUUGCUAAGAGGAGUCUGGAGACCUGAAUCAAAUGAGUUUCUGCAGAUGUCCUAUCCUGUCAAAGUAACUCUGUUGGGGGCAGUUCUCUUCACAUUACAACAUACCAAGUACCUGCCAAUAGAAAAACAUAAUCUUAUGUUUUUCUAUACCAGCUUUCUGGUAUUUACAAAGGUAACCAUGAUGCUUGUGGGCUGUGCUGACUCUCCCAUUGCUUGUUUGGAGACUCUACUGAGUCGAGUGUUGUUCAGCAUCCAGCAGGCUUCACCCGAAGUAAAAGAUGCUGUUGGAUCACGCCCGUGUGAUUCCACCUCUUGCCCAACAAAUGCUCCUUGUGAAGGUGCGGUUUGCAAGAAGUCAACUAAGAAGAUGGAGUAAAAUUCUCCUGAGUUAGUUCCAUACGGCCAAAGUUAUUUUUUUUCUUGUGCACCUAUAAAAUUGGUGUAAUAGUUACUGUGAUCACUUAAGUAGCUUUAUUUUUUAUGAAACUAGUAGUUUUAAAGUGUUAGAGGAAAUAAGCCUAGAAGGAACUCAUAAAACAAUGAAAUUCAGUUACUUUUAAUUUCUUUGUGUUUCAUAUAUCUUUCUACUUGAAUAUUUUGACUCGACUUGCACUGUUCUUUACCUGCUGUAAUUUCAAGGUACAGGAGGCACUUGACACUAUUUGCCAAGUUCUAGUAAGCAAUACAUGUUGUGCAACUUUAUGCUAAAACAUUUGUAUAAAAACCUGAUUACCAGUUUAUAUAUUAGGGUAUACUAUGUGUUUUUUUUACUAACAUUGUAUUAGUACAAUGUGUUUUUGAAAUCCAUUUAGUUUUUGUGGGAACUGUAUAUAAUAUUGAAAUCCCAACUCAAAACUGCCUGCCUUCCUCCAUGUUGUUUUACAAAUGAAUAUAUUUUUUAAAACCCAAGAUGGGGUUUUCCUUUUUUGGCUCAAUUAUUAAUCAUAUGUUUUCCAUCCCCAAUUUUUUAUUUUCUUUCCCCCACAAAGUACAUUUGUAACAGCUGUAGGAGAGAUUACUGACUUUUCCCAGUACUGUGCAUUAUUGGUUCAUCACACUGGACUGAAAUUAGCUUCUCACUUUGGGAGAGAGGGUAAGGGUGCAUCAUUUAGGGGGGUAAAAAAAAAUCCCUUUUAUAGGUUUUUUUUGCAAUUUGAAGAAUUGAGCAUUUUCUCAAACCAUCUUUUGCCUUCAUUUCCAUCUUUGAAACCUAUUUGCAUGUAUCUAAUUUUGUUUUAAGUGAACACACUGUACAAGCAAACAUAUAUUUAAAUUAAGCCAAUUAUCUCUAUGGCAAAACUCAACCUGCCCGCUCUAAUGUGAACUGCACCUUAAGUAACUGUUGGUCGUUGGCCCGUGUUCAAAUAAUCAAACCAAACAAUAAAAACAUGAAUUUAUAUUUGGACAUGGAAUAAGAGUGGUGGUUUUUUUUUUUUUUUUGGCCAAACAGUUAAUGACACAAAGGCAAAGUAAAAUAACUUGUCUUGUUCUAAGUUGUACUUUUGAGGUACGAUAAUGAGCUCCCUUGCAUGAUAUACCAGGGAGCUGGAACCUGCCAUCACCAAAGAAUUAAGUACCCAGGUAUCUUGGGAUGGUUCAGAAUUACUUAUUUCCCCAUCCAAGUAGCUAGUUAACAGGUAUCCAAAACCCUAAUUAACUGAUAUAGACAUCAGCAGAUUCUAUUCUUCAAACAUUUUUUUGUACCUGUUAAUUGGUAAAUUUAUUUUCAAAAUUCUGAUGAACAAGGCUUUGUAUAUUUUAGACUUGACUAUUAAAAUUACACUUGAUGUUCUUAUGAUUAAUUUCAAAUAUUUCCUUCCCAGAAAACACUGAACUGUGAACUACCGAGCCAAGUAAUCCAAUUGUUGUCUAACAAAUUAACAUGUGACACAGUAUAAAUAAUUUGUUAUUUAUAGAUUAUUAUAGUUGAAGCAGUGUGCUGUUUUACCUUUGUACUACAUGUGGACUUAUUAAAUAACACUGGUUGAAACAUAACAUUUAUUAAAUAUCAAAAA